ACAAAACCCUAACCCUAGAAAGAAGUAGUUUCAUUUUUCUUCUCUCUGCUGCAUUCAAAUGGCUACUAGAUGCCGCUCGAUGGCGAGGCCGGCGAUGAACCUUCUAAAAUCUGCGGCGGCAACGACAGCUCGGAGCAACAUUAGACCCACGGCUUCUCGGACGGCGACCUUUGCAUGUCCGAAUUCCAUGAGACCUCAAUCACAGUUAGGCUGUCUUCAAUCUCUGCUUCCACUCUAUUCCGCCGUUUCAUCCGCCCGUCUUACAUCGUGCCUUGGAAUCGAUUCCAAAGGUUCGAGAUCGUUGUCUCAGGGUAUGCUCUGCAGUGCAAAUCCAGGGGUUUGAUAUUUUUUACUGUCUUUAGCUUGGCCAAUGCGUGCCACGAUAAAAGACUGUCUUGAAGCAAGAAGAUAGGGAAAUUGUCAUCUCAUCGGCAUAAUCAGAUGGAUUUUUAUUUUUAUACCAUGUGUUUUGUUAAAACAGCGUAAGAUGGAUCGAUUACUUAAGACGAGUUGAGUAUUAUUCACAGGCCCCAUUUCUGUGUUCAUUUGGUUCUUUGCAACUUUCAAGUUGGAUGCAAUUUGAGAUUCCUACUUUUAGUUCAAUAAUUUAAAGCUAAAGAAUACAUUUUUGGUUCAAAUUGUUUACUA